ACAAAACUUAGUUUGAUAGCUGUGUCCCGCAUGUAAAUCAAUCGUUAUUCGUGAAGGUCACGGUCAGAUCCGCCAUUGUUGCUAACACAAAAUUACAUGUGCGUGAAGGACAGACGCCAGAGGCUUGUUCAGGAGGGUGAACGCUCGCCGUCACUCGCUAGUUUAGUUUUUGCGCCUAACGUUACAUGAAUGUAAUGCGACAGACGUACCAGUUAAACUGGUCGCGGACGUUCGCUCUGCUGAACAUGCAGUUUGCUAGUGACGUGCUCAGAAAUGACAACUAUCGAACAACUAUGAUAUAAUUGAUAUCACACUUGUGGAGUAUGGAUUUGAAAUGUACAUUGGUUAUAAUGCCCUCGUUUGAAUAGAUCGACAAUCAUCCAAAAUUGAUUAGAAGGAAACAAUACACUGCAAUUUUCGGCAACUAUGGAAUUGUCCUUGGAUACCGUAACUCCCGAUGAUGAUUUUGAGACGAUUUGCAUCAAGCGUCGAGUCUACACACAACCCGACUUGGACAAGGUCUACAAUGAAACGCCAACGCCUAGAACCUUGAAAGAACGCACCAGAAAGGCAUGUCAGUACAACAAGAAGACCGUUUGUAAAGGCAUCCUGUCAAUGUUACCCAUUUUCCAUUUCUUUAGGUGGUAUAAGUGGAGACAGAACCUGGUCAGUGAUGCACUGGCUGGUCUGUCUGUUGCCUUCAUGCAUCUACCAGUAAGUCUCGCUAUGGGUAUUCUUUCAUCACUUAAACCCAUUUAUGGGUUGUACACCUCAUUCUUUGGAAUAUUAUUUUAUACAAUAUUUGGCACGUCUCGCCAUGUUUCCUUUGGAACGAAUUCUGUAUUGACUCUUCUGACUGCCACUAUAGUGGAAAGGGAGGCCGAUUUAAAAUAUGGUGAUGUAGACAUUCCUUCAAACCUAAGUGCAGUAGACUCAACUAUCGAAAAUGAAAGACUGGAGUACAAAGUUGGUAUUGCAAUGGCUGCUGCUUUCAUGACUGGACUAAUUUUACUUGUAAUGGGUUUACUGAGAUUAGGGUUUAUCACCAGCUAUCUUUCUGUCUCAUUUGUUGGUGGAUUUACAACGGGAGCAGCCUUUCACAUCGCGACCAGUCAAGUCAGCAAAAUAUUAGGCAUCAAUGUACGAAGUCACUCUGGAGCUGGAAAAAUAGUGUUCGUGUAUAUGGACAUAAUUAAGAACAUUGCAAACACAAAUGUUGGAGAUCUCAUUGUUGGCAUAAUAAGCAUGGUCAUUUUGCUAGGAGUGAAGAUUGGAAUCAAUGAACGUUAUAAGAAGAAAAUGAAAAUGCCUAUACCUAUAGAUCUGACUCUUGUUAUUACAGCAACAAUAAUUUCACAUUUUGCUGAGUUUGAAAGACGCUUCGGAAUUUCUGUGGUUGGGCAUAUUCCAUCUGGAAUGCCUGUACCACGUCUACCAGAUGUAAAUGCAUUAGGUAGAAUCGGCCAAGACAGCUUCAUAAUCGCUAUACUGGCUUUUGCUAUGUCAAUAUCCAUGGCAAAGCUUUGUGCUACUCUGCAUAGCUAUGAAAUAGACAGCAACCAAGAGUUAAUAGCCUACGGAGCAUCCAAUGUGCUCGGGUCAUUUUUUCAGUGUUUUCCAAUGUGUGUGGCACCACCAAGAACAAUGCUCCUUAGUUCGCUUGGAGCCAAAACAACGCUGAAUGCGAUUCCAACUGCCAUAUUUAUGCUGGUAGUGUUGCUGGUGGCGGGUCCACUCUUUGUCUCUCUUCCAGUAACUCUUUUGGCAGCAAUGAUUAUCGUAGCAGUGAAGAAUGUACUGCUUCAAGUCAGACAACUUCCUAAUGUUUGGAUGGUCUGCAAAUCAGAUUUUGUGAUUUGGCUGGUAACAGUAAUAGUUUGCAUUCUAGUUGAUCUUGAUAUUGGCAUUAUUGUAGGAGUGGGAACAUCUAUAUUUACAGUCAUCGUCCAGAGUCAGUUUUCAUCUGGGCGACUGGUUGGAAUCUCAGAGCAAGAAGACAUUUACCUCGACCUCAAGGGUCGCAAAAAUAUCAAAGAACUGAACGGGGUAAAAAUACUUUACUUUAACACACAAUUAUUUUUUGCCAGCGUGGACAGAUUUAAAUCGGAGCUUUUUAAGAAAACGUUUAAUCCAUUAAAUUUUGAGAUUGGUAGGGGUAUAAACGACAAUGAAACGUGUAUCCAUCACAUCAUUAUAGACUGUUCCGCUAUGACCUACAUUGACACGGCUGGUGUAAAUGUCCUUAAGAUGGUCAUUAAGCAAUUCAAGCGAGCUGGGACAGAAGUAUUUCUUGCAAACUGUUGCCGCUGUAUGUUGAUUGUGUUGGACAGAGCUCAGGUUUAUGACAUCCUGCCAAAAGAUCAUGUUUUCUUCAGUGUACACGACGCUGUGACCAAAGCUGCUGGAGCGAGAUUAUUUGUAGUGAAACUGUAGGCUGAAAUAAAAUUGUUUAAAACUUGAUUAUGAUGAACAUGGACGUCUGUUUGAUAUAGAAGAAGCAUAUGGUUCGGUAUCAGGACAUUUGUCUCUCUUCUUUUCCACCAGUGAUUUCGUCCAUGUUCAAUGUACAUUUUAGAUAUGCCACAACUUUUGAAAUACUAAUAGUAUGAUUUCUAACAUCGAUCAUAGAAUACACCAAGAGUUCUGAUUAAUGUUAUAAUAUGUAAAAAUAGCAAGUGUCAUUUGGCAGGUUUCGAACCUACUGCACUGAUUCGCGUGGCAUUGGACACUUUAGCGUCAUUAAAAAAAAAAAAAAUACAUAUAUUUAUUUACAAUAUCAA